AUGAUGGAAAGAAUAAGAAAAGAGAUGAUUCUGAUGGAGAGAGGGCUGCACAGCCCCACGGCCGGCAAGAGGUUCUCCAAUUUGUCCGACUCGGCUGGCAAUGCUGUACUCGAGGCCCUGGAAAAUUCGCAGCACCCGGCUCGCCUUAGCCCGCGCCUGCCGUCCGCCCCCCUGCACAGCUCUCUGGGAGAUCUCCCUGCCAAGGGCAAAUUCGAAAUAGACACUUUGUUCAACCUGCAGCACCCGGGCAGCGAAAGCACCGUCUCCUCCGAAAUCGCCUCGGCCGCGGAGGGCCGCAAAAAGCCGGGCCAUUAUUCCGAGGCGGCCGCCGAGGCGGACAUGAGCAGCGACGUGGAGGUGGGCUGCUCCGCUCUGCGCUCCCCCGGCGGCCUCGGCGCCGCGCCGCUUAAGGAAAACAAUGGCAAAGGGUACGCGGAGAGCGGAUCCGCCGGGGGCACCACGACGUCCUCGUCGGGCUCCGGCCUCGGCGCGUUCACCCGCGAACAGAUCGCGCGCCUGGAGAAGGAGUUCUACCGGGAGAACUACGUGUCACGGCCCCGCCGGUGCGAGCUGGCCGCUGCGCUUAACCUGCCCGAAACCACCAUCAAGGUGUGGUUCCAGAAUCGCCGGGCAAAGUGGCGAAAAGUGGAGAAACUGAAUGGGAAGAAGGACAAGGACAGUCCUGCAGGUCCAGCCCCUGCCAGCGGCCAGGACAGCGCGGUGCUGUGCGGGGAGUGGAGGAAUCCAGAGCCCCAUGCCUCCCCCACCGCCCCGCACUGCUCGCUGCGGGACCUGCCAGCGAAACUGCUGGUGGAGAUCUUCGCCUUGCUUCCCGGCACCGACCUGCCCAGCCUGGCCCAGGCUUGCAAAAAAGUCCAGCACAUCCUGCACACCGACAGCAUCUGGAGAUGGCGCUGCCGGGAGGAGUUUGGCGUUCCUGAAACCUUGCAGAAACCGGAGAUGAUGGAGAGGAAAUCAGCCACGGUGGAGUGCACGGACGACUUCUACAGCUUUUCCCACAGCCGCCUCAUGCAGAUUCGGAAGGACAGGUUCAGCACUAAGUGGACCAAGAGAGACCACCAAACGGAUUCACCAACGCGGUUAGGGGAGAACAGGUUCUGCAGGUGUUUGAGGACAGACUGCCAUAUGACUGGCUGA